ACAGUAUCAACAGAGCAUUAAGGAAGGAAAUGGCAGAAGAAGAAGAAUGUAGAGAGAAAAGUAAAAUAAUGUAGAAGAAAAGAAAAAUAAUGUAUAGCUAUAGACCCAACGAUAUGUUAAGAAUAGGCCUAGUUGAGAGUAAUAAAAAAAUAUACAGAGAAAACAAGCAAAUGAAAGAUAUAUACAAGAAAAAAAAAAAAGGAAAUGGCUGAAUAACAAGUCCAAUAUGGGUCAAAAAUUAAAUAUAUAGGGACCAAGAUUGAAGUUGAAAGGAGUUGAAAAAGAAGGCUAUAUAGUGGGGAUCCGAGAUAUAGGCCAUGGAAAAGGAAGAAGAAAGGAAGACACUGAAGAGGAAGAGGAAGAAGACAGGCCAGAAGAGGAAGACGAAGAAGACAAACCAGAAGAGGAGGAAGAAGAGCUUUGUUUGGGUGACCUGAGAGUGCAUGGAAGGCCUCAGAGGUGCCGGCGGGCUAAAGGAACGAUACAAUGUCUGGGCUGAGCCUCCCCAUCCACCCCAUUACCAACAACCCCACACAGGCCUGGGAGGAGAUGCGGCGCUCGCAGAAGAUCAUCAAGCUCAACGUGAAGACGCCGCAGACGCCCCCCGACCAGAACAUGCUUAGGUUUGUGUGCAUGAGUGACACGCAUUGCCUCACCUCACACCUCCAGUUUGAAAUCCCUGACGGUGAUGUGUUUGUCCACGCGGGAGACUUCACCCGCUGUGGCAGUGCUAGUGAGGUGGAAGAGUUCAACAGCUGGAUAGGUGCCCUCCCUCACAAGCACAAAAUAGUGAUCGCUGGCAACCAUGAGCUUAGUUUUGACCCUAAGUUUACCGGCGGGGCGUCCAUCAAGCAGCACCACAAAACAGCUCACACAGACACAGGUUCAGGAAACAAGGCUGUGGGCGCCACCAGCAAGCGCAAACCAGCCGCAGGCAGGCAUGGCAAUCCUGGGAGAGCACGCAGGCCAAGAGGGUUUAAGGCCUUUUGUGACUGGCUUGUGUCAAGGGCUAGGUGGGCUGUCCAGGCUCUCCGAGGUGACGGGCUGAUCAAUGAGAUUCCUGACCUUGGGAUGGAGCGUGACGAUCUGAAGGCUGCCGUGGCCCAGGAGAACACUAUUGACCUGAUCACUAAUGCUGUAUACCUGCAGGACCAGGCCCUCACGCUGUGCGGCAUCAAGCUGUACGGCACGCCAUGGCAGCCAGAGUUCUGCAACUGGGCCUUCAAUGUGCCAAGGGGUAAACAGUGUCUGGAGAAGUGGGACGCGAUUCCUGAAGACACAGACAUCCUCAUCACCCACACGCCUCCUGUUGGACACGGGGACCUCUGCUGCACGGGGGUCCGGGCGGGCUGUGUGGAGCUCCUCAACACUGUCCAGACCAGAGUGAAGCCCAAGUACCACCUGUUUGGCCACAUCCAUGAAGGUUACGGGGUGACAUCAGAUGGUAAGAUCAUAUUCAUCAACGCCUCCACAUGUAACAUUAACUACGUGCCCAUCAACCCCCCAAUAGUGUUUGAUGUUCCCAUUCCUUUGGGGUUCUCUAAAUGAUUGCUAGAUUAGUCCAGUUUAUUCUGGCGUCUUAUUGUACCUCAAUGACUUACUUCUUGUGUCAGGCGUUUCUGUGUACGUAUGUACAAAUACCUUCUCUUAAUUAUUCCACAUUCUGAGUAUUACCUAAAAAUCAUCAAACCUUUUAAUUCUCGUCUCGUAUUCUCUUGACUGCAUGUUUCCUGUUAUUACUGGAAAUGGUUCAGAAUGUAAAAACCAGUAUGCCAACAAACUCCUACUCUCAAGGGAGGCAGGAGAGCAUCACUCAAACAAGGACCAGGGAGAGGUUCACCAGUAACCCAGAGUUAAGGAUAUUGUCACAAGGUGGAUAUCCUUUUUCUCAUUCUUUUUCAAGUCACUUAGUCCUACACAAGGCAUUAAGUGAAGUAACUUGGCAAGGCUCAAGGCUGUGUCAUGGCUGUUUGUCAAGUGCAUUAUAACCCUUAGGAAAAAGUUUGUCACAUCUAGGUGGUAGAGGAGGGCAGAUCACGCGUCACCCUCGUAGAACAGUAACCGUAGUGUGUAUGGUGCAGAUUUGUAGUGUGAUUGACCUGUACUUAGCGGCAGCAUUGAGCACAAAUUUGUAGAGGCAUAUCGGCCUCUGCCUGAAUAGAAGAUGUACAUUUUAAGUGAGUUUUAGCAAAGCAACUUAAGAGGUAUAGUAUUGUCUUAGGCCUAAGGUAUCAUGGUCGAGGUGCCCCAUCGUGGAUGGGUAAGCACAUAGGUAGACACCCUUUUCUUUCUAUACUGUCUGGUCAUGAUGGCACAGAGGUUGCCACGAGACUGGUGAGGUCGUGUUCCAGCAGCUUCUCUCAGCCUCUGGACCAAGCAGCUUGAACUUCUCAUGGUUGUUUUGCAGGCAACAAGUGUGUUCCCCUGGUUAUAUGAUUGUCCUUCUAAUCAUGACACUUUCCCUUGCAGCCUAGAUAGUAACAUCAGCUCUCUAUACUGACUUUAACAAUUUUUUACUAAUUUGAUGCUAUAGCCAAACACAGUGUUCCCUUUUUAACAGUUAGCUCAUAAUGGUGUAACUGUUAACCCUCUAGGCAAGCCGCUCUGUGCUUGUAUAGGACAGUGUUGUGUGCAUGCAUCAUCCUUGCCUUCAUGACACUUGGCCAGCACAGCAUCAACUCUUACAAUUCCUUGGAUUAGUCUCAGUGAAAGUCUUGCACAAAUUUAGCUUUAGGCAGCUGUCAGGACCCCACACCCUGCAUAGGGAAAAACAUUGCAGCAGAACCAUAAUGUUUUAGGUCUCGUUGGAGUGACAGAAAAUGUUUCAUAAAUUUGAAGGUAUCCAGUCGUGGUAGUGAAAAAAUUUACAAAUAAAGGAAAUAGGAAUAUAGACUACCCAUAAGCAACCCGCCUUCCAUGGAGGUUUGAACCUGUGAAUGGUUAGUUAGUAUUAUAUUAGUGGGAUUGAAUGUGUUUUUUGUUUCCUUGUAUAGUUCACACUAGAGGUAGCUUGACAGGUGGUGUGCUAUUUGCUCAGAAAUUUAACUUAAUACUUUUAUACUCUAGUCAGCUAAGGAAAACUCAAGUGAAUGAAGAUUGCUUGAGACUCAUGCUUUUAGGAGUUAAGUGAGUGGGUAAAGGAUUGUCCUUGUUUAAAAGAGGUGCAGCAGCUUCUCUUGCAACAAUGUCUACCAGCCAGAGGGAGUACAUGGUACAUCUACUUGAUGUGCAUGUUCAUGGCAUAAUCGUUUGCCAUUGGUUUACUUAACAGGGUCUUCAUAUGACAUUUGAACUCGCUACAUCAUCAUUUGUUGUUAGUGUAACUUUAGUAUCAUUGUUUCUGUGGUGCAUUGAACUGAUGGUGCAUCUUAGGCUACAAUGAAUGGCAUAUUUUGAUCACAAAAGAAGUUUGUCUGACUAAUGAGUUGUGUUUGAGGUGCAUGAGUGUUGGUCUCACAGGGCAUCACAUAUCUUGAGGUUGUAGGCUGUUGUGUGCAGCUUUCCUUUGUCUCAGUGAGGUGUUGGGGUAUGUCAAGAUGGUUGUUGCCAUGUCAAUCAUGGUUCCAAGGAAAACAUUUUCUUUCUCUUGGUUAUUAUUGUUUUUUCCAUUGUCCGAGCUUUGCAAAACUGUGUCUUAAUGGCCUCUUUCGACAGUGAGUAGACAGGAAAGCUGUUGAAUUUUUCCUUUGCAUAAUCCUACCUAAUGUGCAGCUAUGAAGCACAAGGGUUAUUGUUUCAUUUGGGUGUAAGACGCACAUACCUAGUGCAUUACUCUUUCGUCUUUAUAACCGGUGCGUCGCUAGUCCUUGUAGAGAUACUUUUGGUGUAGUUCUCAGGGUACGUCUUAGUGAUGAUAAGUUUUAAAUAUAUUACAGAACUAGUGCAUGAAAUAUUGUUAUAUUUAUGUAAAUUUCCCUGCUUUGUUCUACCCAGCCUGGUGUGAGAGCUUUUAAUAAGACAAAAAACAAGGACGUAAUCCUCAGUGUGUUUGAUACUGAAAUUCAAAUGCUGGGAUUUAUAUUUUAGUUAUUGAAAACAUCAUUGAAACUGUAAAGUUGACACUAAUGCUUCAUAGAGCGCUAGUGUUGUUAAACAGAAAACAGUGAGGGUAGUAAAAUUUGGUUUGACCCCAAACCCAUUCCAAAUAUUAGUCCCUGCAUGCAGCAUGAUGUCCAAAAAAGUGUCUGUUGAGCUGAACUUGAACCCAUAAGUGAAAAGUUAUAAUGUGUGGAAUAACAUAAAAUGAGACAUUAGGGCAUUUAUUCUUGCAUUUUGCUUCAUCCAGGAGCUUUAAACAAAUCUGUUGUGGACCAUUAAGCUAAGCUGAUGUACACACUCAAAAAAGUACCAUUACAGUGGGAUCCGACGAGUUUCACACUGAGCAACACGGUAAUCUUGACAGGGUUAGUGCGAUCACCCCCACCACCUCAGCUCUGCUGGGGGAGCAGGACAGGACUCCUGUAAGGGAGGGAUAGAGAGGAAGUGAGACACUGAGAUACCAGAUUAUCACCAAAAUAUUAACGGAGCGAUUUGAGUGCCACUUGUUUCAGCUUUGUAUUGACAAAUUAUAAAACAAUAAUGUUCAUACGAUAUACAUAACAGCGAUGGAUAGAAGUAUUUCCCAUGUCAAAGACAAAAACAUCAACCAUCAAUGCAUGUCAAAAUAUAGUUCAGUUCAUAAUGUGCCAUCCUGGAACUAAUGCUUCCACUGAAUGUGUCUUUUGUCUCAUGAACAAGCUGUGGGCAUCUGAAAAAUAACUUCAAAUUGCAACCCUAAAAGCAUUGCUGUUAAGAAAGAUAAUGUCUAACAAUAACGCAAGGUGUUUAUCAUAACUAUUGUCUCCUAAAUGGACGAAACUUCAAGUGUUCACUUGUGUGUGAAGUGUUAAAGCAUAAUUUCAUCACCCAAACACUACAAUAUUAUAGUGCCACAUACAACACAGAUCAAGUCACUUCGACUAAGACUCCGCCUGUGUGUUUCAUGAAGCGUUACUGUGCCGGCUUAUAUUCUACUGCUUCAUUUACGUGUCCCGCUCACUUGAUUCAGGCAAGUGAUGCCACACCCAACACACGCAGUGAUGCCAACAUGAGUAGCCUGUUAUCAAUGGCUUCGUCCUUGGUGUCAGUUUGUAUCGUGCUGAAUGUGUAACGAUACUUAUUUGAGUAUGUGUACAUAUAUAUUUAGUUUAUUCUUUAAGAAUGUUACCGUUCAUGGUUUACGUUUAAGCUUUUCUGCAUUUAGUAACACGCUGGCAUUUACUCAGCAGAGCACAACACACACAUCCCCCAGCAAGGCAAACAUGCGUAGGCUUUGAGAGGCAGGCAAAGUGUUGUUCCUCAGGCCAUUCCAGUGCAGUGUUCAUCAAACCUUCUCACUACAGCAUCUGAGAUGUACAUUUUAAGCAUAACCCUCACAGCCCAUGCAUCAUGAAGCCUCUUGGCAGUACCAAGAGCUGUGUGUCUUUGGCCAUCUGGUGUUGAUUGUUUGUGAAGAACUGGUGAUGCACUGAGCAAGCCAAAGCAUCCUUAUUUCUUGUCCCUUGUUGCUUCUUCUCAGCAAGACACUCCAGGCAGCCGCUACAUGUCCGGCUGAACAUGUCUCGCCACACGCUACUGAGGCAGCACCAGGAUGCUUGUACAAUCACCUGUUUACUCCUGUCACCUUUACAUACCUUUUAUUUCUCCUGAAGAAAAGGCAAAGGUAAUGCCCAAUUUUUGUUUGUGAGUCUUGCUGGGAAUAUUCCCAAGAGUUCCAUUGUGGAAGCCUGUCGUGGUGAUACUGUACCAAAGACCUGCCCGCCCCACCUGCCGUCGUGAGGUGAAGGUAAUUAUAGUGUUGAGUUGUA